CCUCCAAGACUCCUCCCCUCACCCUCAUCCUCGCCCUCACCGUCUGCUAUGUGGCCAUUGCACCAAGCCUUGCCUUGUCAACGCGCCUCCUCUCAAUUUCCUUUGCAAACCCAUACCUCGAGACAAUGAAGCCGCGCGCCGCGGCCGACACGACGCUUGACCAAAGGGUGUCGCAACCUCUUUUGUACCAGAAGUACACGACGUUGCAUCCGAAUCCGCCCCGCUUACCGCCGUCGUCCUCUUACCCCCUGCUUUACCGACGCUGCACAACGCUCGAUUCCUAGCAAAGUUGCAGACGCAGACGCAGAAGCACCCGCAGGAACAAGAAAAAAAAAAAUAGUGCCUCUUACGGGCAGAGCCAUGCCGACCACAGAGCCCAGUACCGUCGAGGACACGCAAUUGGGCUUGACCGAAGAGGAAAUCAAUCUCCUUCGAUACCACCAAGCUCAGGCCGGUUCUUCUUCCUCGCGCGCCGCCAGCCGCGCUUCUUCCCAGGGUCGCCUACUCCUCGAUGGUUCUAGCCUUGCCGCGUUGUCACGACAUCUCGACCGCCUAAUGCAACAAAUUCAACAGCGCAUCGAGUACCUUAGCGAGCAAAGCUCCGUCGUGACUAUGCAGCAGUAUGACAAUGCAGGCAAUCUGGUGGACAAUGCCGAUGCUGAAAUUGCGCGCUUCCAGGGUAUAAUGGCUCAAAUCGACGAGCUUGAGCUCGAUUUUGAUCGCAUUGCACAUAUAAGAGACAUUGUAAGGGAUUAUCGUCAACGGGUCGAAAAUUUAGAACGUGAACUCGACAAUUCAAGCUCAUCACGGCGCGAACAUACUCACCGACAUAGUCAUUCGCAUCGACACGAGGGUGGCUCUUCCGGUCGCAGACAUCGACAUUAAAAUUUAAUUACAAAACGGGGAGAAUAAAAUUUGUUAUCGCUCUGUGGAUCAGGGCAUCGGGAAGCAACCUCGCAUUAGGAUGAAAAAGAAAUUAUGCGUUCAGCAUAUACCAAAUUUAUAAUGAAAAGUCCCCGCUGAGUCGAGAACAAAAGGAGGUGGAAAAGCUAUUGAUCGGAUGGAUAGAAACACAAGGUCACAC